AUGAGAUAUGAUAACGUGGCAUUGACAUCCGCGGAAUCGAGCCUACGAGCCUGCACGAAGAAAUGCUUGAAUAGAGAACCACCAUGCUAUGCUUUCAAUUAUCGGGAAUCAGAUGGCUUGUGCCAGAUAGUUGGCAGCGGGACGAGCGGCGUCGUGGAAGAAGAAGGUUUCUCUUCGUACGUUCAAGAAUUUUGUCUGCGGGAGUAUCCAAAGAUCCAAAACGCCGUAGAAGCCUUGGAGGGAUGGGACGGGAAUUACCCAGUGACGCCACGCGGGAGGGUCGUGUUCCGCUGCGAAUAUCCUGGAGGAUUCUCUGACGGCUCCUCUGUCCACACAGCCGAAUGCUCCUCAUUGCCGGAUACCUGGUAUUCUUCCUUCAAGGAGGAUCAAAUUCAAUGCAAAAAGAAGUACGUUUACCCCGAGUGCCGAGUGACCGUGAAAGGAAGAGAAUACGUUGGGAAGGUGAAUAAGACGGAAACGGGAAGAGACUGCUUGAAUUGGUACCCCCAACCCUACGAGAACCUAAAAGACUUUUCUGGCGAGACGUACGAUUCCCAUUUCCACAACUUGGAUUCAUGGUCCCAGCAAGCCUACUGUCGGAAUCCGUCAGGAAAGGAAAAGCCCUGGUGUUUCAUUUCCGACCGUCAACUUCAAUGGGAAUACUGCGACAUCCCCAUGUGCACCGAUCCCGUUCCUCCAGAGUGCAAGGUGACUCAACAGGGAGGAGAAUAUAUUGGAAAGAAGAGAGUCACGUUUUCCGGUUUUCUCUGCGAGCCCUGGAGGAACACCCAAUACGGCAGCGUGCGGUUCAUGGACGAAAUCGGCGAGGAUUACAACUUUUGCCGAAAUCCUAUUGGUGACAUAUCUCCCUGGUGCUACCAUGCAAGCGGGUGGGAGUAUUGCAACAUCCCAUUUUGCGAUCGGGAAGUGAAAGAAGGAGCGGAGGGGAACGUUUAUCCCGAAUGCCGAAAGACAGAGAAAGGGAAGGAAUACGUGGGGAGGAAGAACGAGACGGAAACAGGGAAGCCAUGCCUCCAUUGGGUGUCUCAGCCUUACGGAAUGCCGUGGGACUUUUGGCACUCGGCAAAUGAGUAUGAGGGAUGCUUCCUCAACUGGGAUGUCACGUCUCAAAAGAAUUACUGCCGGAAUCCAGGAAUCCACCGAGAGAGGCCUUGGUGCUUCGUCUCGGACCCCAACAUCCAAUUUGAAUACUGCGACAUUCCCUUCUGCCACGACCUCAAUCCCCCGGAAUGCAAACUGACGGAAGGCGGAGGAGAAUACGCGGGGAGAAAGAACGUGUCACUUUCCGGGUUCCCCUGCCGAUAUUGGCUGGCUCAAGUUUCUCAAGUUUUCGGCACCGUAUCAAAAUACUUUUCGGCUCUCUCGGACGAAAUUGACGGAAACCACAAUUUUUGUCGCAACUCCGAAGGAUCGUUUCACGGACCGUCAUGCGUUACCCAGACCGAUUCCGGCGUCAGAUGGGAGUACUGCGACGUUCCCUUUUGUCCCGCAAAGAACGGCGAACAAUGCAGUAUUCGCAAAUCGGGGAAAUGCGUCAGCCCCGUGGAAUGCAAAACGUCUACUCGAGGCACUGAAUACAUGGGAACGAAGAACGUUACAAAGUCGGGCCAUCCCUGCCAACCAUGGAUGAGAAACACUCCGAAUAACAUCCAGGACGAACGAUACACCUGGAUCGAAGGCUUCCCGGACGACCUCCACCCUGCUCACAACUUCUGCCGGAACCCGACCGCCAUCAUAGCUGGACCUUGGUGCUGGAACGGCGCGGGAACGUCUCCUUCGAAGGAACAGUGCAGCAUCCCCACGUGUAUAGACGCAAACGACGAAAAAUGA